UAUUCUGUCAUGGUAGCACUGAAGGCUUAGCGGAGACCGAGGACGGCAGAGAUGAAGCCUGCAGAGAUCAUCUUCAUCUGUUUCACGCUGCUUCACGGUUUUGCAGCAGCUUUGAACUGCAGCAGCCCAACUCCUUCCUCCCUCAUCAGAGAAUUUAAGAAGAGCCUGUUUUUGAACAAUCUGGUGCGACCUGUCAAAAGCCUUUCACAUCCGAUGAACAUAACCAUCAGCAUCACUGUGGUGGGGAUUUUAGGAGUGGAUGAAAAAAGCCAAACACUGACCACAGUCUUAUGGCAAGUCCUGGAGUGGGAAAUAGAGGGACUGAGCUGGGAUCAGAAGCAAUGUGGAACGGAAAGAAUCUCUGUUCCUCGGGAAAAGCUUUGGGUUCCAGACAUUCACAUCGCAGAGUUCAUGGAUGAAGACGAAUUUCCUAUAACGCCUUACGUCUACUUAUACAACACGGGUCAUGUAUACGAUGACAAGCCGAUCAAAGUGGUCAGUUCAUGCAAGUUAGGAAUCUACACUUUCCCCUUUGACAUCCAAAACUGCUCGCUGACCUUUGGAUCAUAUCUUCACUAUGCCACAGACAUCAUGAUGAUUAAAGGCAGCACGUCUGAGGAGAUCCUGGAGGAGUCCAGACAGGUGCUGCAGACCAACGGGGAGUGGGAGCUCACGGACAUCACCAUAGCCGAGUUCAGUCUGGAUCUAGACGAGGGAAGCUACUCUGAGAUCAAGUACUUCCUCAUUCUCAGACGCCGGCCCAUCCUGUACGUGGUGAACCUCCUGAUCCCCAGCUGCUUCCUCAUCACCGUGGAUCUCUUCAGCUUCCUGCUGCCUCCACAGAGCGUCGACCGGUCCUCCUUCAAGAUGACCCUCAUCCUGGGCUACACCGUCUUCCUGCUCAUCAUGAACGACCUGCUGCCGGCCACCGGGGAGAGCACUCCUCUCAUCAGUGUUUUCUUCUCGCUGAGCCUGGCUCUGAUGGUGACCAGCCUGUUGGAGACGGUGCUGAUCACAAACAUCCAGUUCAGCUCCAGGCAGUACAGCGCCCUCCCUCACUGGCUCAGCAUCCUGGUGCUGCAUUAUCUGGCUCCGGUCGUGUGUCUCCCUCCAAAGAAAGAGAGCAGCCGAGUCACAGUCGUCCUCAACCCGGCCGCCAAAGAGCCAGUGAUGGGUAAAGGCAACACAGACACCUCAGGGAGUCAGAGCAGCUCUCCAGUAAAGCCCCCUUCAUUCCCUCCUCCCCCUCUGGAUCCGAUGCUGGAUGAACUGAGGAGGCUGAGCAGAGACAUCGCAGGCAUCCGACAGCAGGUGGACAAUUACAUCCAGGGGACCAAAGCCUCGCAGGAGUGGCAGAUGAUUGGGACGGUGGUGGACCGUCUCCUGUUCGGCCUCUACAUCCUCUUCAUCAGCGUCAGUUUCAUCACCAUCCUCUGCAUCUGGCUGCGGAGUAACUCAUAUGCAGUGGGUUAAAAACACGACUGAAGUCUUGUUCAUUAUAUCAGCUGCUUCAUUCUAAGAUGUGAUGCUUGUUGAUUAACUGUGUCAGACUGAUUUUCUACAUCAUGGAAAACUUUUUAGGCAUGUAAAUAUGAAAGAAACUCCUGCUGAGAUCAAGUGAAGCAAUAAAGAUUGGGACAA